UUGUCAAUCUCAAUGACUAUAGAAUACAGCUCAUUUGGUUUGAGAAUCUAAUGGAAAUGUCUAUUUUCUCCUAAACCAAUAUGGCAAGUGUUAGUGUUAAGAUAAGCUAUAUGGGACGACUGACAAAGGCACUGGCCUCUUCCUCGUGAUGCGUGCACGCUCUACCUGAUAUAUCCACUCAAACUCAAACCCUUCUCACUUCUUCCUUAAUUUCCCCCCAACCCCAUAUCUUUCUUUCUUUCUUUUUAUAGAAUCCAUGAUCAAUAUUCAUCCCCUGACCUGACCCAAAAUCCAACUUAACCCAUAAUCCCAUAUUUUUAGUAUUAGUACCAAGACACACAAGAUCUGCCAUUUUGGCUCUUUCUCCUUACCCCUCCUGCUAUGGCUUCCACUUCUCAAUUAAGGAUUCUUGACUUGUCCAACAUUAUAGCUUUUGGUACAAUGGGGCAAAAUCUUUGACCAGGAUGGAUCCUCAGGCUUUUAUUAGGUUGUCAAUAGACUCACUGGGACUGAGGAUUCCCAGAACAGCUUUGAACUCCACAAAGUCUGAGAUUCACGCAUUCUCUUCCCCGUGUUCAUGUGAAAUUCGUCUUCGAGGUUUCCCUGUGCAGACUACUUCUGUUCCUUUAAUAUCUUCUCCUCAAACCACACCUGAUCCUCAUAGCAUUGCCCCAAGUUUUUAUCUUGAAGAAUCUGAUCUGAAAGCUUUAUUGGCACCUGGCUGUUUCUAUAGCACUCAUGCUUGCUUGGAAAUUGCUGUUUUCAUGGGUAGGAAGGGAACCCACUGCGGGGUCACCAUCAAAAGGCAGCAAAUUGGGACUUUUAAGCUAGAGGUUGCUCCUGAAUGGGGUGAAGGGAAGUCGGUGAUUCUUUUCAAUGGGUGGAUAGGUAUUGGAAAAAACAAGGCAGACACUGGAAAACCAGGUGCGGAGCUUCACUUGAGAGUCAAAGUGGAUCCUGAUCCAAGAUACGUGUUCCAGUUUGAAGAUGUAACCAGAUUGAGUCCUCAAAUAGUUCAGCUUCAAGGCUCCAUCAAGCAGCCAAUUUUUAGUUGCAAAUUUAGCCGAGACAGGGUGGGCCAGACAGACCCUCUGAGCAAUUACUGGUCAGGUUCUAGUGACAAUAAUGCUGAUGUUGAGUGCGAGAGAAGGGAGAGAAAGGGAUGGAAGGUGAAGAUACAUGAUCUUUCUGGCUCGGCUGUUGCCGCAGCAUUCAUGACAACUCCGUUUGUGCCUUCAACAGGUUGUGAUUGGGUUGCCAAGUCGAACCCAGGAGCUUGGUUGAUUGUUCGGCCUGAUGCUUGCAGGCCAGAGAGCUGGCAGCCAUGGGGUAAACUCGAAGCCUGGCGUGAACGUGGCAUCAGGGAUUCUGUUUGCUGUAGAUUUCGUCUCAUGUCUGAAGGUCAUCAGGAGGCAGGGGAGCUUCUCAUGUCUGAGAUUUAUAUCAAUGCCGAAAGGGGAGGGGAGUUUUUCAUAGACACGGAUAGGCAGGCGCUUGCAACGGCAGCAACUCCAAUCCCAAGCCCACAAAGCAGUGGAGACUUUGCAGGACUCGGCCCAGUUGUUGGAGGCUUUGUCAUGAGAUGUAGGGUGCAAGGGGAGGGGAAGACUAGCAAGCCAUUGGUACAGCUUGCCAUGCGUCAUGUAACAUGUGUCGAGGAUGCGGCAAUCUUCAUGGCUCUUGCUGCUGCAGUUGAUCUCAGUAUUGAGGCAUGCCGCCCCUUCCGUCGGAAGAUAAAGAGAGGAUCAUGUCAUUCUUUAACAGUUGAAUGAAAAAGAUUACUACGAAUACAUAACAACUCUGCUUAUCUUUCUUUUUUUUUUUGGUUGUAACAUCUUGGAUUGUGUGUACAGUACAGAAGGAACUUUUAAUUAUGUUUUCUUUAAGAACA